AUGCCUGUCUCUGUGAUCAUUGUGACUUUUUGGUUGGCAUUACUGACUGUGUUGUUGAUCCAGUAUUUUACUGCUGAGGGCAAUGACAUCCCAGGACCAAGAGGAAUUCCUAUAUUUGGUUACCUCCCUUACUUUGGUAAAAAUCCUCAUCUGACGUUCAUGGAACUACGUAAGAAAUAUGGUGACGUAUUCAGUGUACAGAUGGGGAGUUUUCCCGCCAUAGUAAUUAGCGGGAAAGAUACGAUUAAAGAAGCCUUGGUUACAUCUGGUGACGAUUUUUCUGGUAGACCUGAUUUUUACACUGCGACACUUUUGGACGAUGCAGAGAGUUUGACGUUUGGUACAUUCGGUAACAGGUAUAUCCAACAGAGAAAGAUUGGCAGCAAUGUGCUGUACGCAUUUAGCAAUGCUAGGACCAAUCCACUCGAGGACAUGGUAGAGGAAGAGGUCAGAAGACUCUGUGAGGAGUUUGAAAAGCAUGAAGGAGAACCAUUUGAUCCCAGCUCUGCCAUUUUCCUGUCAGUGGGAAGUGUUCUGUACCAGAUAUGUUAUGGGCAAAACGAAGAGGUUAGAAAUGAUGAGAAAUUCUGCCAAUUUGUUGAAGUUUCUGGAGACUUUUCCAAGUUUACUGGAGCCGGAAAUCCAAUAGAUGUUAUGCCAUGGCUUCGUUUCGUAAUGCCAUGGAAACUAUUCAGUUUUCUGAGGGUUUUAGGCAGAUUAGAGAAAGUGAUAAAGGCAAAUACGAAGGAACAGGUAGAAUCGUAUUCGGACGACUAUAGAAGACAUUUAGUUGACGGCAUUCACAAAGUUGCUCUGGAGGUUGAAGCAAAUCCAGAGAUAGGUUUAAAGGGACACCAUGUUCGAUCCAUGAUGGGAGAUAUUACCACCGCAGGUUUCGAAACCAUAUCCACGACAAUUAGUUGGGGAAUCCUUUACAUGGCUGCCAAUCCAAAAAUACAAAAGAAGGUAUACAAAGAGCUGGAACAGGUGGUAGGAUCUCGAUGUGUGCGCCUUGAAGACAAACCGAAUCUCCCCUACACCGUGGCUACAAUCACUGAGAUCAUGCGAAUAGCCAAUGUCCUGCCUCUGGCUGUGCCAAGAGCAACAACCAAAGAUACCCAACUAAAGGGGUUCAAAGUUCGUAAAGGAACAGUUGUUCUUCCGAACUUUUAUUCCGUUACCCAUGAUGAAAAGAUUUGGGGUGAUCCACACGUUUUCAGGCCAGAGCGAUUUCUCGGUCGUGAUGGACAGCUGAAUAAAGACAAGAUGGACCAAUUUACUGCGUUUUCUAUGGGCAGAAGGAAGUGUUUGGGGGAAUUUCUAGCUCGCAUGGAAGUGUUUCUAUUCUUCGCAGGGAUUAUUCAGAAGUGUGAAAUAAAGAAGCCUGAAGAACUAGAAGGGUAUAGUUUUAAAGGAUCGUUUGGUUUGACUGUUAAGUCAGAGCCUUAUGAUAUUUGUGCUGCUUUAAGAACUUAG